AUGGCGUCAACCACCGAGCAAGACUCCAAGAGACCGGCCCGGGACUUGGAGGAAGACGAAGUGGUGGUAGUUCAACAUGAUCAGCACCACGCCCCGGAUAGGAGCCUCGGCAGUCCCCCGCAGCCUAAACGCCGCCGAGUCGCGGACAGCGUUCGGGUCCGCGCCGCAAGGGCAUGUCAGCGGUGUCGACGACUGAAGGAAAAAUGCGAUGGGAGACAUCCAUGCCAGCGGUGCUCUCGCUCCGGACGUAGCUGCGAGUUCACGCCGGUAGCCGCCGGGUUCACAGCCCAGACAAGCUCGUACUCGAGCAAGCAACGUCCUCAGCAUGCACACGCAGCCUCAGUAAGGUCCACUGGGGAGAGCAGCAGUGGCGGCGGAGGCGGCGGCGGCGGUGACGAUGUGCGGUCCGAGGAAAGGGUCAAAUGUCUCGAGAGUCUCGUCCAGCACCUGCUUGGGAACGUGCCCAUGGAUUUGAGCAAUCUUCGGCGCAUGGCAGACAAGGUCAGGCAGAGAGCAGGGCCAGGGAGCGAUGUUGGAGACGAGAGACCAGAGCCCGAGUACCUGGAUGACCUGACUCUCGAGGACGAAAACUUCACGGUGAAGACGCUGUCCCAGAGCAUAGCACACUACUCUGGAGAGUUCUCCCAUUGGAAUUUCUCCCAGAAACUUCGCCGUAGACUCAGCCAAUGUCUCGACUCCGACAUCCCGAUCUCGUCAGCCAGGCUAGACGCCCGCGACGCAAGAAACUUGCAUCAGGCGUCUGCCCGCGGCGCUGCACCGGCGCCCAGGAAGGGCAUGAAGAUCCUCGAGUACUGGCGAGCAACACAGCUUCAGUCGCAUAAGUCUUUGGUGCAGAGUGUCAUCAGCUGCCUCCCUCCCCGAGCCGUCGCCAACUUCCUUGUGCAAGUGUACUUCCGGCACGCACAGGUCAACUGCUUCUAUGUGGAGGAGUCCUGGCUGCGGAAGAAGCUCGAGUUCCUGUAUGAAGCGCCUGGCCACGUCAACAGCGAGGACUCGGCUUGGGUGUGCUCGGUGCUCAUGGUGCUGGCCAUUGGGACCCAAUUCGCGCACAUGGCUGCUGGGCCGCCUGAGGACAGCUUGUCUGAACCUGAUAGCGCUGACAGGGAUGGGCAGAAGACGCCGAGCGGGCCUUCUGAUACAGACUCGGACGUUGGCGUCACGUUCUAUCAGAUGGCUUCGAAGCUUAUACCGGACAUCAUCACAAUGGCUUCCAUGGAGAGCGUACAAGCUUGCUUGCUGAUUGCGCACUACGCGCUGCCUCUUGACACGCAUGGUUUAGCGUAUACUUACCUCGGGCUAGGAAUCAAGAUGGCUAUCCAAAAUGGAAUGCACAGGAAAUAUGCCGGCAAUGACCUCGACACCUGGACUAUCGAGACUCGCAACAGGCUGUGGUGGACGGCGUACACCGUUGAGAGGCGCGUGAGCGUACUUCACGGCCGGCCAGCUUCCAUUUCCGCGACUGAGGUGGAUGCAGAGCUCCCCAAAGACCUGCAUGAGUUUAGAUCGCACGACGAAGUAUCCAGAUAUGCCAACAUGUCUGCUUUGAUAGACAUGACAACACGACUAGGCGAGGUCGCCAACGCCAUAACGCUGCUUCGACGGUGUCCCAGAAAUCUUCAACCAACCUACUUUGAACGCAUCGUGGUAAUAUGCCAGGCCCUUCACACCUGGUGGUCCACCCUCAACCCAGACGUUCAGAACCCAACUCCAUCAUCGCCAAACUUCCGCUCAAACGCUCACCUCAAGCUUUGCCUAUACCUCAACGACAUCUUCGUAGGCCGGCCCUUCAUCUUCUCUCAGACUAGCGGCGUCACUCCAGAAGCCGCUUCGUCCCCCGAAGUAACCCGCCGGCCCAAUGACCCCCAAGGCACAUCAUCCUCACCCCCUCCCCAGUCCGCCCCAGAACGGCCACGGAACCGCGCCGCACUCGUCGAGCGCGCGGUAGAGGCAGCGAUCAACACGAUCGCGCUGCUCCGCACGCUGCACGAGACGACCGGGCUCGCGCGCUCGAGCUACACCGAGUUCAGCUCGUGCCGCGCCGCGCUGCUGGUGAUGCUGGCGCAGUCGGUGGUGCCCGGGUCGGGCCCGCAGCCGCCGCGGCUCAAGGCCGCCGUCGAGAUGGGCAUGCGGCUGAUCCGGCGCAUGUCCGCCGGCAACAACGUGUCGACGCAGAGCGAGACGAGCGUCAUCGAGGCUCUGGAGACGGCUGUGCGGAGGCUGCAUGCCAUGCAGGACGCGCGGGGCGCGGCUGGUGGGCUCGUGGAGGGCCGGGGCGAGACGUUUGUCGAGAUCAACGUGCGCGGCGAGAUGGAUGUCGGCAAGACUGGCUAUGAGAGGUUUCGCGAGUGGGCUGCGCUGUGGCCGGCUGGUGGUGCUGGUGGUGCUGGUGGUGGCGAGCCACAGCAACAAUCGCAUCACCACCACCAGGAGGAUGGUACCGCAAGGGGAUUCAAGAGGUCGGAUGGCAGGGCCCUCGAGAUGGCCACCGUCCCUUCACCUUAUCCUGGGAUGCCAGCGGGUCCAGGUGUACUGGGCCCACCGCCGGAUCUGGCUGAGCAUAGCCCUGAUUCGGCCAGAUGGAUGGCAUUGAUGGACAAUGCUGGUCUGCGAGUGGAGCAGAUUGAUGAUUUGAGCCUGUUUGGUGGCUUCCCUGAGCUCGGCGCGUUGGACGGGUGGCCGGGACUUAUUUAA